GCGCUUUCGAAUAGAUUGAGACGCUCUCUCAUGGCCGUGGACUUGAUGUCCACCUCGUUCUCGGAGUCCUGUUUCAUCACUCCAUCUCCUUACGGAUGAGGACAACCUCACGGCGGCCAUGUCUCGGAGUGCAUUGCUGAAUUGGUGCCUCGUGGCCCUUAUUACGUCGAGCUCGUCCGAUUAUGCAACAUUAGGAUUGUGCUCUGCUUACUAUCCAGCGUGCCAGCAUGUCGAACGUCACGGCUCAUGGAACUGUCUUCAGGACUUGUGUUUGAUACCUUUCCUCUCCUCACAUAUUGACCAACACUGCCACAAAAGGGGCCGUUUGGCAUUUGAUGCAAGUCAGCCUGAGGCACCAAUCGCCUGGUCGGAUGUCCCUCCUGCAGUCAGGUACGUCUUCGCCCCCAUUUCUCGGUUUGUUGUGAGGAUGAUAUCUGCCAUUGGUCGGGUUUCUUGUAUACUCGAUUUCAGGAACAUUCCGGCAACUCCAUCAGGACCUUUUUACCACAAAGUCGAGUUGUUCCUCUCUUUUCAUUCAACCGCAUGGAUCAACAUCUAUAUUUGCUGAUGCCAUGCAACACCCCCGUAAGCAGCGCGGUGUUCACCCGCCCGAGGGAGCUGUAUCAGCUGGGGACAGCUUUGAUAGGUCAAUGCGGUUUGGCCUUUUGCAGACAUCACUAUAUGAAGACUACAGCUUCGCUGAUUGAGAGUCGGGCCUGACAGGACAAUUUCAUACGACGGCCUAGCAGCUCUCCAAAAGUCAUGUUCGUCACCUAUACUCAUCCCUGUCAACUGAAGGACCGGGAUAAGCAGCAACAAGUGUCGUCAUUCGCAGCACGUCGACAACCGACGGAGACUGGGAAGAAAAGGUCUGAGAGGAAGACGCGGGACUCCAAAACCCGUUCAUUUGAGCCCUUGGUUUGGCGUGCUGUUAAUUCUAAGCCGCGAGGCAGGGCCAAAUUUGAAAAUAAGAGACCUCAAACACGUCCGCUUCCUGAGGCAGGCGUCAGCGACCUGCUUGCUCCCUUGGUCGGUAAUCUUGGGGGAGUGCGUGACGAUCCUUUCCAAUCGUACCCAAUUGAAGCCACGUAUUUGGUGAAAUGGGCCGUCGACCAAUAUGUACAAGAUGUUGCCAUCAAAAGCAGGGAGCUCUUCACCGACGCAAAUGGCGACAAUUGGCUGAUGUCGUAUCGGUUUUCCGUCUCUCUUCAAUCCGAACUCCUCUUUGAGUGCCUCGUGUUGUAUACUCUCUGCCAAUUACCUCCUUCCUACAGGCCCUUUCCCGCACUCCGCCAGAUCUGUCUCCAGUAUCGAGCCAGUAUCUUGAAGAAACUACGCCAAAGGAUAUCCAAUCCUCGGCUAUGCGCCGAUGAUACCACCUUACAUGCUAUCACUUCCCUCCUCGGCUCGGACUUCCACAUGGCCGAGGAUGACUACGUGGAAAUGCAUCGAGCUGGUCUGAGGCAAGUGAUAGCGAUGCGUGGUGGACUGGAGAACGGAAGUUUCGACGCAAUGACAAAACUCAUGGUAACGUCAACGGAGUUUGUAUGCGAUAUGGCCAUCAAAAGACGACGACAGACCCAACUGAAGCCCAUAACUCCCGAGCUGAUUCUACAAUAUCCCAAACACCCAUUCCCUUCUGAGCUUUCUGACAUGGCGACCAAACUUCCAGGUGGCUUUCGUGAACUGGCACUUACUUGCAAGAUUUCAAUUCAGACCAUUGGGCUCCUAUAUGAACUCACCUCAAGGGUAUCCGGAGAGCACCCUGAAGCACUUCCACACGUCUGGGGUCAGAGCGAGCAAUUCGAACUUAUGCGCGUCGUGGCCACGGAAGCCGUACCAAAACUGGAGCGACAAAUCUGUCUCUUGGCCCUCAUGUUCGAACGGUCCUGGCUUGCAACGACUUCCGACUCUGCCGCACCUCGGAGACUAUACGGACGAGUGGGCCAAGUAUUUCGGGAUCGCCUGCGAGAAGUGACCCAGAAUAUGACUGAGCUUGGGUCGCAGGUGGACAGUGACUUUAUGAUAUGGGCGACAAUGAUUACUGUAACGACAGCGGACGAAAGCAAGUUGAGCGAGGAAGAGAGAAAGGAGCUCAUGGCGCUUAUCUUCAUGCUAUGUCCGCAGAUGAAGAGUUGGGACACUACCAUGGCGUCUCUGAAGAGGUACUAUUGGAACGAACCCUUGAUGACACAAUGGCAUUCGGAGUGGUCUUGUGCGAGAUCUUGCAAUCCAUAGGCAGACUAGAUAUACUGGAUUAGGGAUUUUG